AUGUUUGUUUUACUAUUGUGUUUCUUUUUAUGUAAAACCUUGUUUCAGGAUAUUUCUAAUAGGGAUUUCAUUCUUAGCGGUAUAAAAGACACGAAGUAUGUCUUAAUUGUAACAUCUGGAAAAGGAGGUGUUGGAAAGUCUACUGUCGCCGCCCAAGUUGCCAUCAGCCUAUGGAAUAGUGGUUUUCGUGUUGGUAUUCUCGAUAUUGACUUCUGUGGACCAUCUAUCCCCCGGAUUCUUGGUUUGGAAAAUUGCAAAAUACAUUCUUGUGCCGAAGGUUGGCUGCCAGUUUAUGCCGAUGGCGACGCUAAACGUUUUCCUGUAGUAUCAAUCGGCUUUUUACUAGAUAAUGCUAAUUCUGCGGUUAUUUGGCGUGGACCACGCAAAGGGAGCAUGGUUGGUGAGCUUUUAAAUUCAGUCUGUUGGGGAGAACUUGACUUUCUGAUCAUUGAUACUCCACCUGGUACAUCAGAUGAACAUAUAACCGUCCUUGAGCAACUACAAAGGUCCACAGUUAGUGCAAAUGUCGGGACCAUUAUCAUUUCAACCCCACAGAGAGUUUCAUUAUGUGAUGUACGUCGGGAGAUCGGUUUCUGUGCUAAAACAAACCUAAAAAUCAUUGGUUUAGUCGAAAAUAUGAGUGGAUAUAAAUGUCCUAAUUGUGCUCAUUGUACAAAUAUAUUUUCAUCAGGAGGUGCUGAAGCAUUGGCUGCUGAAAAAAAUGUUCAAUUCUUAGGUCGUUUACCUCUUGAUCCUACCCUGACUACUAUCUGUGAUCGCGCUGGGGAUUUCCAGUCAAAAGUCUACACAAAUGAAGAUACUAGACUUUUAACUAAAAAAUUACUAACUGUAUUGUCUAUUUGA